CGCCGCAGGGCAUGCACUCCUCAGCCAUGCAUAGUCCCACUCGACUCUCGCAGCCACGUCCUCUCGCUCUGAGCACCAUGGCGGAACUCUUCCCAGCCUGUGGCAUCAAUUCUCAUAAUACUGGGGCCGGCUCCUUUGGCUGUUCUCCGCUUCCUCUGCCACCCACUGUGUCGCCAACGUCAGCAAGGGCCUGCUGGAAGUGUCACUGGAGUCCUCAGCCAUGCCCGGACUUCUCAGCUGUCUGCCUCCGAGUUCGUGGAAGCACCAUUUCUGUCCAGUCCGCUGGGGCGCACUGUCCCACCUUUGACACCAGUGUGGCAUCAGCGAAGAUGAAGCAGGAAGCAUCACACUUUAAAGGUGAAUAUACCCCCACCCCCACCCUGGCCCCACCCUGGCCCCACCCUGGCCCCACCCUGGCCCCACCCUGGCCCCACCCUGGCCCCACCCUGGCCCAACCCGGCCCCACCCUGGCCCCACCCUGGCCCAACCCGGCCCAACCCGGCCCAACCCGGCCCCACCCUGGCCCAACCCUGGCCCAACCCUGGCCCAACCCUGGCCCAUCCCUCAAAUAG